CACCUAUCUCGGAUAUUGAAAGUCCUUGUUCCAUGAUCCAGUCAAUGCGCUGAUCUGCAGCUUCCUGCUAUUCUUGACUAGAAGGAUCCAUUGAUGGUGCAAUAGCGUGGCCGGAUUAUGGCCCAAGGAGAUACUAGCAUGACAACGUUGCAAGCUAACAUAGUUCGGGCUGCAGCUGCAGUGAAGAACUCAUCAGCUCUCCUCGUGUGUGCUGGAGCUGGCAUGGGUGUUGACUCGGGGCUGCCAGAUUUCAGAGGGCCUGAGGGACUAUGGAAAGCAUAUCCACCGCUAAAGAAGCGUGGUCUGACGCUACCGUCGAUCAGUACACCACACUGGUUCGAAGAUGACCCAGCGUUCGCGUGGGGUUUCUUUGGUCAUAGGAUGAAUUUGUACAAUGCCACCACCCCACAUGGUGGAUUCAACAUACUUCGCCGCUGGGGUGGGAACAUGAAGCUUGGGCAUGCGGUGUACACAAGUAACAUAGAUGGUCACUUUCAGCGUGCUGGCUUUGCAGAAGAGCUGGUUGAGGAAUGCCACGGAUCACUGCAGUUCUUGCAAUGCUGCCAGAUCAGCCGCCCUGGCACUCAAGAAUGUCCGAAAAGUGAAGAGAUAUGGCCGGCUGACAACGGCGUCAGACUCGAGGUGGACGAGGCGACAUUAAACGCAAAGACACCGCUGCCCUCGUGCCCAGGCUGCGGGGGGUUAUCGCGCCCCAACGUGCUGAUGUUCAUGGACGACACGUGGGUGCCGGACCGUACGGAAAUGCAAGGCAAGCUCGUUGACGCGUUCAUUGACAAAAUGCUAGGCGCAAAGGAGGCGUUUGUCGUUGUUGAAAUUGGCGCCGGCCUCGCUGUGCCAACGGUGCGCAUGAAGAGUGAGUACACUGUCCGACAGGGCAACGGCACCCUUAUCCGGAUAAAUCCAAGAGAACCAGAGGUGCCAGGGAAUGGUGACCACGUGUCCUUGGCUAUUGGCGGUCUUGAUGCCCUUCAGCGUAUCGACGCCAUCCUAGAAAGCAGCGCCAGAUGAUCAUAUCAAAUGGAUAGCAAAAAAGGGCCCUUCUGAUGCUUCAAGAGACAUGCAAAGCUCUGCGCCACUAUCAGAAGUAAUGUUGUCCUUCAAUUUACAUGAAGUGCAUGUUUCCGCUGUAGCAAAUCACCCUAGAUCGGUUAACAAAUUCUAACUUUUACAUUUUUCUCACCGUGAGCAUUUUUACAGCACUACAUGUGUGACUAUUGUGUGUAGACAACUAUUGUAACCCACUGGAUCAUGGACUGCAAACUUCUUGCAAUCUACUUCAAAGUACACUUUUUUUUAAUAUACAGUAAAACCUGUAACUUACGACCACCGUGACUAGCAACCGGCCUGGUACUACCGACCACUUCGUCAGGCACGGACGGUCUCACAUUAAAAAUGCACUGUGACUAGCGACUACCUGCUGAACGCGACCAGCGACCGCCUUUUCUUGUCUCAAUGUCGAGUUUUGACCCGUAACUAGCGACCGCGAUGUAGGAAAUCAAACAUUGCUCGAAGCUCCUUCUCGAAAUGUUGAUGAUUUUCCAUGGUCCAGAAAGGACUGUUUCGAUACUACAGCUGGACAAAUGAACGCAGUCUCAUUUUGACUGUGGAAUCAGUGUGGACUGCACUACACCUGUCAUUAUUGCACCUUUCCUGCCGUAUUGUAUCGUUGUUGUUAUCCUGAGAUUGAUAUAGAUAUCGAUAUAGAUUCGCUGAGGAGAAUCGGAGCGAAAGAAUUUUGAAUCGUGGACAAACGUGCAGUCACUGUCUUGGUAUAGCUGAAGUGUGCUGUGCUUUCAUGUGUCAUACCGAAAUAAUUAUAAACAGAAGACCCUCUGAAGAUUUUUCUUUGUACACUUGACCAUUUUUGAUUGAUUUAUUGAUUGAUUGAUUGACGAUUGAUUGAUUACACAUGUGGCAAUAACUGUGCCAUAGUGACGCAUAUACAAGCACAUGCGCGUGCAAGUGAUUUUUGCUACAAACC